UGGACUAACAGUUUGGCGUUGGGACGACGCUGAGCUCAGACGCCAUCCUCAAGAGCCAGAUCCUUUUGAUGUUCACAAGAAGAAGGUAGUCCCUCCAUCGCACUGUGAGCCUGUGGUCGUCUGCUCAUCUCUGCAUCAUCACCUGCCAUUUGUCCACUGACUUUAAGGAAGAAUUGUCCCAUCAGAUAAGGACCUGCUACUUGAUCAAAAAACAGCCUUCCAGACAACUUUCCUGCAGCAAAAAAGCAGUGACUUCACCUUUUCACCUCUAGUGCACCCUCCUUUCGCACAUUCUCUCCUCCCUCUUCAGUCUUUGUGUCUCAGGUGUGUGUUCGGCCUGUGAGCAGUGAUGGGGGACUGGAGUCUCCUGGGGAAUUUCCUAGAGGAGGUCCAGGAACACUCCACCUCGGUCGGGAAGGUCUGGCUCACCGUCCUCUUCAUCUUUCGCAUCCUGGUUCUGGGCACAGCAGCCGAGUCCUCCUGGGGCGACGAGCAGAGCGAUUUCCUGUGCGACACUCAGCAGCCCGGUUGCACCAACGUGUGUUAUGACAGCGCCUUCCCCAUCGCUCACAUCCGCUACUGGGUGCUGCAGAUUGUUUUUGUCUCCACGCCGUCCCUCAUCUACAUGGGCCACGCCAUGCACAUUGUGCGCAGGGAGGAGAAGCUGCGGAGGAGGGAGCUGGAGGAGAAGGAGGACAGGGAGGAGAGAGGGGAAGGUGGAGGAGACCUGGAGCGUGAGAAGGAGUACCUCCAGCAGAGGGAGAGCAGGAAAAUUAUGGCAUCUGAUGGGACUGGCCGUGUUCGCCUGAGAGGAGCACUGCUGCAGACUUACAUCCUGAGCAUCAUGAUCCGCACAGUGAUGGAGGUGACAUUUAUCGUGGUGCAGUACAUGAUCUACGGGGUGUUCCUCAGGGCGUUGUACCUGUGCAAGGCCUGGCCUUGCCCCAACCCUGUCAACUGCUACAUGUCCCGGCCCACAGAGAAGAAUGUCUUCAUCAUCUUCAUGCUGGUGGUGGCCGGUGUGUCUCUGCUGCUCUCUGUGUUGGAGCUCUACCACCUUGGCUGGAAGAGCACCAGGAAGUGUUUACUCAACAAGAAGAUGCAGAGGAGCAACCACAGAGCUGUGACGGUGGCCGUGUCUGCAGCCUUGGAGCCCAACAGCCCACCUCUGCCCUCGGCCUCCUGCACCCCACCUCCUGACUUCAGCCAGUGUCUGGCAGCCCCCAGCUCCAUGAACCCCAUGACCUCUUUGGCCUCUCAUCCCUUCAACAACAGGAUGGCGCUGCAGCAGAACUCAGUCAACUUGGCCACAGAGCGGCAUCAUAGUUGCGACAACAUGGAGGACGAGGAAGAUUUCCUGAGGUUGAGAUACGACCAAGCGCACACAGAGCUGCCCAACAGCUGCUCCGCAUCACCUCUGCUACACUCCGGCUACAUUAAGGACAAACGCCGCCUGAGCAAGACCAGUGGGACCAGCAGCCGGGCUCGCCAGGAUGACCUGGCAGUAUAGACUCCCAACCAAAAAGAGUGGCAGACAGGGGGGAGAGCAGGAGGGGUGAGCCUUCAAAACCAAAGAGAAGGGACAGAAAGAUCACUUUAGGAAGACACAAAGAGGAGUCAAAGUGUGAUUACUGUAAUUAUUCAGCUCUGGCAUUGAAGCCUGACACUUGACUAUAGAAGAUGGACUAAAUGUUCACUUUAGAAAGAGACACUGAUAUCUGUGAGUGGACCAUAUGAACUUGACAUGUGUGAGCUCUGUGAGCUGAUAGUGUUUGUGAAGCAAUCUAUCCCAGAGCUAAAAAAAACUGACAACCAAACUGCAAAAGAAAAAAUCAUUUUGAAUGAGAACAGGGUAACAGGUGUAAUACCUGACUAUUGCACAUUUUAUAUUUUAGUUGAACAGUUAAAGCCAAAAUUUAAGAGAGAUAAAGAGACUAUUAAGUGAGAAUGACGUGAUGCUUGGUGUGCGAUGACUUAGGGAAACCAUUUCAUUAGAAAGCAAUAUCUGACACAAAUCUCAACUAUUCAAUUAUUUAUAGGUUGUGACUUUAGAUAAGAGAACCAACUGUUUUCUUUUCCAUGCUGCAAAAAAUUAGAGAAGCAUUUAGAGAAAACAGGGACUUAAUAUGCAAUAAACUGUGAAGCUUGCUGGUAUAUAAAUUGGAUGUUUUUAUGCAGCAUCAGCAGUGAAUCAAGGUAGUGCCUUAACAAGAGGUGUGAAAAUAUAUCUCUUUCCAUAUAACAUGUUUUUUAUGUAUUUUUUUUUCAAAAGCCAUUGCCAAGACUCUACAUUUAGAUUUCGCCAUCUGUUGACUUGCUAACCUGAUUGCAGUACAGCAAGUAAGAGUAAAACUGUAUUAAUUAGUUACAUAUUUGACAUAUAUUUGCCUUUGUGUGUAGAAUGAGAGAAUGUAGCCUGUUUUGAAAGGAAUUCAAGGGAAAAGAAAAGGAAGAGGUCCUGCUUGCAUGCUGUUAUGAGGAGAUCCGGCCACUAGGUGGCAACAUUGCACUUACAUUUUUCCGUUCUCUCCUGGAGCCAUCAUGUACAUAGUGAAUUUGUCUCUAUGCAAUGUAUGAUUUAGUUAUAAUGUCUUUGAAUGUAUUUCCUUUCAUUUCCGGGUGUUCUUACUAUAUGCAGAAUAAUUGAACAGGCUGUGUAUGACAGCAGUUUGUAAAUAAGCAUCCACUGCAAAUGGGAGUUCAAUCCUACAUAUUUCCUACAGCAAAUAGCAUUUAAAACACAGAAAUCUUGUCCAUCUUUUUUGGUUCUUUCACACAUACCUUUAUGUAAUAAAUGGCAUCACUAACCUGUCACAAAUAAAUAAAUCAUCAACUGUACAAUCUG